ACACGCUGGACUCACACUGGGGUCAGAAAGGACACGAACAAUGCUGGCGACUUACGGCACGAUGGCACACAGUCCAUGCCCUCUGCUCUUGGUUGAACCCUCACGGGGUCUGGUGGAUGAGAAACUGAAGAUUAUUGUGAGGAGUUUGAAGUUGAAACAGGAGGUGACCCUGCACUGUCUGCAUCACUCAGAGGACAAAGACCUGUGGGAAGCGUUCGGGCACUAUGUGAGCGACCAGCAUGGCACUGUGACUGUGUCAAAGGAUGCCAGUGUGGGCGGCACAUAUAAAGGUGUGGAGUCCAUGGGCCUGAUGUGGAGUCUGCGGCCAGUACCAGGGAGCCGAACAGGACUCAGAUUGAGGAAACAGGAUGUCUUCUCACCGAUGGUGUUUCACGUGUCUGUAUAUGAUGGGUAUGUCACACAGGGAUUUGACCAGCUCACACCCGUAGUGAGCGUUGUUAUUGAGAGAUGGUACACAGCUCCGGGUGUGAGGAGAGUCAGUGUGUCAGAGAGAGAAGUAAAAGCAACUUUGAUCAUCCCUCCAGGACCUGGUCCGUUUCCUGGUGUGCUGGAUCUGUGGGGCGGAGGUGGAGGGCUGGUGGAGUAUCGAUCUGCACUCCUGGCAUCACAUGGUUUUGCUUCCUUGGCACUAGAUUAUAUGUCUUCUGAUGAAGUAAAGACAUCAGCAGAUAAAUCCUACUUUGAGAGAGCUUAUCAGAUUUUACAGGAUCAUCCCAUGGUGCACCGGGACAGAUUGGCAAUAAUGGGUCUGUCAUUAGGCACUUCGGUCACCCUCUUCAUGGCUGCCUACUCGAAAAUCGUUAAGCCACAGUGUUGUGUUUGCGUCAAUGGCAGUCAUGUCUUUCCUGUCAGUAACACCUUGGCAGAGAUCUUUGAUGGGUUUAACAAUCAGCUGCAUAAAGUGCGGAUGGAGAACAAUCAGGUGAUCUGGAGAGACAUUAUUCUGCCCAUCCCUAUGGAUCCUGCUAUGAAGAUGGAUGUUGGACAGAUAAAAUGCCCGCUGCUUCUAGUGGUUGGUAAAGAUGAUCAGAACUGGGCCACUCCGGAAUCAGCCAUUGAUAUGGAGGAGAUGAUGGUGAAGGCAGGGAAUCGGCACCUGCUGCAGCUCCACGUCUACCCCGGUGCAGGACACCUGAUCGAGCCACCGUACAGUCCACACCACAGAGCCAGCAACUUCAAGGUUGCCGGCCAACAUAAAGUACUCAUGCUAUGGGGUGGACAGACCAAAGCACAUGCAGAUGCACAGGAGGACUCAUGGGAGAAAAUCCUGGAUUUUCUACAGCAGAACCUCUGCUGUGCUGUGGCUCCACAGGCCAGACUGUAGAGCUGUGAUUAGAUUCAACCGUUCAUCAGCUGAUCCCAAACGGUGGUCAGACGCCGUCUCCACAGCCCACACCCCAGUAUUCAACCACCUUUGUUUGUAUUUCUUAUACUUGCAGUGCAAUUUAACAUUUCCUUUAAAAUGAUCAGAUGCUUUGCUAAAAAUUGUGACACAAUACAAUGAACCGACAGCGGGCGGUGGUGGGGCUUGAUAGUCUGUAUCUCUUUCAAAUAUCAGCGUUGCAUUUACACACAAUGCAUUUUUGCUUUCAACUUCUAAAACAAUACCUUUUGAACUGUGGAACCUGCUGUGUGUAUAAAUGAUGAGAUCAGCAGCCUCCGACAUCCUAUAAACCAGCCUGUCUGGCACCGGCUCACUCAGAUUUGUUUCCCUCUUCUCAUUUUUCAGUUCAAUUUUCUCAUUUUCCCCUUUUCUUUUAUCACGAUCCGCCAGCGACUCCCAACAGGAGCAGCCGAGAAAAUAGAAAUGUAUAACAUUGUGGGAGUGCUUGGGUGGUGCAGUGGUAAAAUACACUAGCCAACUUCCACUCAUAUCUGUACCUCGAAUCUCAGCGGUGCUAUCGACUAGUCAUCAAGCCUAGCAUUGGGUGGUGCAUUUGUCAGUGCACUCCCAGAGCAAGUCCCAAGCUCGAAAAAAUAUGCAUCAGGAAGGGCGUCCAGACCAGAAUGAACCACUGUUGCAACCCCUAAUAUGAGAGCAGCCCAAAAAAAUUUAUAACAUUGUUUAAUUUUGUUCCAUUCUCUUUCAAAACUGAUUUCAAAUCCAUAAGGUUAUGGAAAAAGUUACUGUCCUGUUCAUUGGGUAAAUGCCAUCAUGCUUGGGUAUAAAUGGAGUAUCCAGUAAAGGCAUAGUGGGUCCAGGCUGGCAAUUUUUUUGGAUUAUUCACACAAAUCUGUUUGGGAGUUUAAGACAAGCACUUGCAUGGAUUUUAGGUAUUUUGCCCUCUAUAGUGCAAAAUUUCAGUGAACAGUUUGGAAAUUUUAGAGCAAUUCUUGUGCAAAAUGGGCAAAAAUAAAAAGCAGAAAUCAGUGAUUGCUUCAUUCUUUAAGUUGCUUUUCACACCCUGUCCAGCUUCGCUGGAAUUAAACUUUGUGUAAGUAAAGUCAAAAUGCAUUGUGUAUAAAUCUAAUAUGAAUACGUGCACUGCAAGUGUAUUAAAUAAAAAUAAUUGUGGUUGAGUCCUGGUCCCUCCUUCCCUUCACACACACACACACACGUAUAUGCACACUGUAAUGUAGAAGUGUGGUCUCCAGCUGCAGGUGGAUGGAUUACAUCCUGGAUUACAGGAUGUUCUGCUUUGUAUAAUCAACAACUGAAAUCUGUAUAGAAAUCUCUCAACACUACUGAGGAGGUUUCGUAAUGCUUGUCGAUUACGUUCUAAUUGGUAGAAUGAAGUUCUGGUGUGAUGGUAUUAUGAUUAACAUUUUGCUGAAGUGCCAAUUAUUUAUGUAUAUAAAUCAUGUAUUGAAAUCAGAUCAUUCUGAAUUGAUUAAAAUCUGAUUAAUGAUGA